AGUAAAAGUCAGUAGUGGAGGGUUUGGGUUUGACCAACUCUCUCUCUCUCUCUCUCUAACUCACUCCAUCAUCUUCUUUACUACAUUCAUUCAUUCAUUUCUCUCAGUCUCUCUUUGUGUUGCCUUUGAGUUUGGCGUUUCUGUCCCACCCUGCACGCACCUAACUCUCUCUCUCUCUCUCUCUCUCUUGUUGGUGGCAUACCCAGAUUAAUCCAGAACACAAGACUAAUCAUCUUUCUUUCGAUUUCCAUACAGAUCUAAUAAGCCCCCCUCCUUUGUCCUUGUUGCUUCAGUGAGUCAGUCAUGUUUUGUACUUUGUGCUGUUACUUGAUCUAAAGGUCUGUCUUUUUCUUUUGGAAAAGUCUAAAGUUCUAGAGUUGAUGGACUGGAAACCAAGUAGUGAUCGAAAUCGAAGUUGUGGGACUACAUGGUGGAAUACAGGAUCAAAUUUCUGGACUUGGGCGGGUAUUAUUGACACCUGGUCUUUGUCGACGGAGAAGUGAGAUAUUGUAUUUAGUUGUUGAAACAAUGGGAGGGAUAUGCUCGAGGAGAUCGACUGUUGAGCAUGCUCCCAGUGGAAGUUUACCACCUAAUGGUAAUCAAGAUGAACAUGAUGCUUUUGGAAUAAAAUCCAAGACAAAUGAUGAUGUUUUGACACCUCCACCCAAUGGGGAACGCAUGGAGAAACAGUUACAAGAACCAGUUGCAUUUCAAGAGAUGAGUAGAAAUGCAUAUGCCACCAAUCAGAAUGAUAUUGAUGAUGGAAUCCCACGGCUAGAUAGGGCCCUUUCACACAAAUCUAGGUCGACGAAAUUGAGGCCUGCUGCAGUAGCUAAGCAGGUUUCAGAGGUUAGCUCGCUUUUGGGCAGAGCUGGUACUGCCGGGCUUGGGAAGGCAGUGGAGGUUUUGGACACUCUUGGAAGUAGUAUGACAAAUCUGAACCUCAACAGUGGAUUUGUUUCUGGCGUUGCAACAAAAGGCAAUAAGAUAUCAAUUUUGGCUUUUGAAGUGGCAAACACAAUUGUCAAGGGUGCUGCUCUUAUGAACUCCCUUUCAAAGGAAAACAUUAAACAUCUAAAAGAAGAAGUACUUCCUUCAGAAGGUGUACAGCAUUUGGUAUCGAAAGAUAUGGACGAACUCCUAAGGAUUGCUGCUGCUGAUAAGAGGGAGGAAUUGAAAAUAUUUUCAGGUGAAGUUAUCCGAUUUGGGAACCGUUGUAAAGAUCCUCAAUGGCAUCACUUAGAUCGGUAUUUUGAGAGGCUGGCUUCAGAACUUGCCCCUCAAAGGCACCUCAAAGUGGAAGCCGAAACAGUCAUGCAUCACUUGAUGACUUUGGUUCAGAAUACAGCUGAAUUGUAUCAUGAGUUGCAUGCCUUGGAUAGAUUUGAACAAGAUUAUCGUCGUAAGCUUCAGGAAGAGGAUAACUCAAAUGUUGCUCAAAAAGGAGAUAGUCUUGCGAUUUUAAGGGCUGAGCUAAAAAGCCAGAGGAAACAUGUAAGAGGUCUGAAGAAAAAAUCUCUAUGGUCAAGAAUUUUGGAAGAGGUAAUGGAAAAGCUUGUAGACAUCGUCCACUUCUUACAUCUAGAAAUUCAUGAAGCAUUCAGCACUGCUGAUAAUGAUAAACUAGUGAAAGAAUCUGUGAACAAUCAUGAGAGAUUGGGUCCUGCUGGUCUUGCUUUGCAUUAUGCGAAUAUAAUAACGCAAAUUGAUACCCUUGUAUCUCGAUCGAGUUCUGUGCCUCCAAAUACUAGGGAUAAUUUGUACCAGGGAUUGCCACCUACUGUGAAGUCAGCUUUACGCUCCAAGCUACAGUCAUUUCAAGUCAAGGAAGAGCUCACUGUUCCACAAAUCAAGGCUGAAAUGGAGAAAACUUUGCAGUGGCUUGUUCCAAUUGCUACAAACACUACCAAGGCUCAUCACGGUUUCGGUUGGGUUGGAGAAUGGGCUAAUACAGGAUCGGAUGUAAACCGAAAACCAUCUGGGCAAACCGAAUUAAUUCGAAUUGAAACACUGCACCAUGCAGAAAAGGAGAAGACUGAAUCUUAUAUACUUGAACUGGUAGUAUGGCUUCACCACCUAGUUAGUCAAUCAAGAUAUGGCCCCAAUGGUGGAAUCAGAUCUCCCAUCAAAUCACCAAUUCGAUCACCGAACCAAAAGACAUUUCAGUUAUCCUCACAUAAACCUAGCCCACCAUCACCACUGCUAACGGAUGAAGACCAGCAAAUGCUGCGAGAUGUGAGUAAAAGGAAACUGACUCCUGGAAUUAGCAAGAGCCAGGAGUUUGAUAAGACCAGAUUGAGCAAGCACUGUAGAUUAAGCAAGAGUAAUAGUCAUUCACCAACUACUGGAUUUAAUAAGGAGUUCUUCCCAAUUAGAAGGGUGCCAGCAGUCCCAGUCAUCGAUUUUGAUAUCGACAGGAUCAAAGCUCUGGAUGUCAUUGACCGAGUUGAUACCCUGAGAAGUUUAUAGCAUCUGUUUGAUUUGUACAAGAGCUGAUGAUUUGGCGCAGAAGACAAGGCAGUGUGUACUUUUAUUGCCUGCAUAUUUGUACAAGAGCUCUGAUGAUUUGACGCAGAAGAGAAGGCAGUGCGUACUCUCACGACUGCAGUCGAUGUAAUCCUGCUGUAGUUUCUUCUUGUUACGUGUGCCGCGUCGGAGUUAUGUAAAGGGUCUGAGGUGAUCUGAGUGAUAAGAGGUAUGCCGUUUGUAAGAUAAAGAUAAAUUUACAAGGGUGAUGUUCGAUACUACUCUGUGGUUACGGGUUGAAUGAUGAAGGGGUACUCCUUGCUGUACAUAAGAGGGUUUUCAUUGUCGGGAAGUAAAAAAAAAAAUACACCUUUGCUUCGGAUAGUUUUCAUUAGUUAUUAUCAUAUAUGUAAAUCAAUGAGUACUAGUUCAGUAAGCUCAUGCAUCUCGUUCAUAUGAUUUUCCAUAACUGUUUCGUGCCAUGAUAUUUGCACUUGACAAAAUAAUUUUGUGAAUUAAGAAAUGACUGCAGUGAAA